AUGGAGAAUAAGAAUAAAUCAAAGUUGUUAAGUUGUAUGAUAAAAGGUCCUGCUCCUGUAUAUAAAUUACGGACAUUAGUUGGAUAUGAAGGUCAUUGUUUAUCUCGAAGACCAGCCUAUACAAUGAGGCCUCGUACAGAAAUUCGUGUACAAAGUAUUGGACCUGGGCCGCGAUAUAAUAUUUCAAAACUAUCAAAUUAUGGAGUGGACAGUCUUCCUGCAUACACAAUAGCUGGUCGUGCACCGUUUAAAGUACGAGAUUUAGGGCCAGGACCAGGAGCACAUUAUCCAGAACUGUGUCUACCCAUGAAUCACAAUUAUCGACCUCCUGCUUACAGUAUUAAACCUAGGCUUAAAACAAAAUGGGAUGAGAUUGGGCCUGGUCCAAAUGCAUACAAUUUACCAACUUGUAUAGGACCAAAAAUUCCAGAUAAAGUAGCUCAAGGUGCUUUUUCUAUAGCUGGUAUUCACGAACUUAGGCGAGAACAUAUUGGUCCUGGUCCAGCAGCUUACACAAAUCUAAAAAGUGAUCUAAUAAAACGCAGUUCUCCAGCGUUUAGUUUGAAGUGGAAGACUGAAAUCGCAAAAAUAGAUUUAGGUCCAGGACCAAGAUAUUAUCCUGGAUAUAAUACCGGAAGGCAUCCACCUAAGUAUUCAUUUGGUACGAGACAUAGCGAAUGCGCAGGUUUACCUAUCACUCACAUGGACGAAGAUUAA